GGGCGGGCGGGUUUGCAUGAUGGCGGGCGUCUGUCAGCCGCUCCGAGGUUUCUUGUGGCGGCGGCCGCUGCAGUCGCCGCUAGCGGACGGACUUCCGCGUCGCCGCUGAAAGGGAAGAAGGCGCUCGGCCUCCGCGCCGAUGGGGAGCGGCGGUUGCGAAAGAGGGCGGCGGCCUCCUCCUUCUCCUCCUCAGCAAGAGCAGCAGCGCCGGUUUUUCUGACGGGGCGCCUUUCUUUCUCGGGUCCGGGAGGGAAAAGAAGCUCGCCCGCCGCCGCCGCCUCAGGCUGGGAGCCGGCCGGCCGACCUGCCCGCCGGACGAGGGGAUGUUGCGCUGGAUCCGGCAGCAGCUGGGUUUUGACCCACCACAUCAGAGUGAUAACCGAACUAUUUAUAUUGCAAAUCGUUUUCCCCAGCAUGGCCAUUAUGUUCCUCAGAAGUUUGCAGAAAACAGAAUAAUCUCCUCUAAGUAUACUGUGUGGAAUUUUGUGCCCAAAAAUUUAUUUGAACAGUUCAGAAGAAUAGCCAAUUUUUAUUUUCUUAUAAUAUUUUUGGUUCAGCUUAUGAUAGAUACUCCUACUAGUCCAAUUACUAGUGGAUUGCCAUUGUUUUUUGUUAUAACUGUGACAGCCAUAAAGCAGGGUUAUGAAGAUUGGCUACGGCACAAAGCAGACAAUGAAGUGAAUGGAGCUCCAGUGUAUGUUGUUCGUAGUGGUGGCCUUGUAAAAACAAGAUCAAAGAACAUCCGGGUAGGAGAUAUUGUGAGAGUAGCCAAAGAUGAAACUUUCCCUGCUGAUCUUGUACUUCUGUCCUCUGAUAGAGAACAUGGCUGUUGCUAUGUUACGACUGCAAGUUUGGAUGGAGAAACUAAUCUUAAGACACAUAUUGCAGUCCCAGAAACUGCUGUGUUGCAGUCAGUUGCCAAUCUGGACAAACUUGUAGCUGUUAUUGAAUGCCAGCAACCAGAAGCAGAUCUUUACAGAUUUGUUGGGCGUAUAACCAUAAGUCAUCAAAUUGAGGAAAUAGUACGACCACUGGGGCCCGAAAGUCUUCUACUUCGUGGAGCAAGGUUGAAAAACACUAAAGAAAUUUUUGGUGUUGCUGUGUAUACAGGAAUGGAGACAAAGAUGGCAUUGAAUUAUAAGAGCAAAUCACAGAAACGAUCAGCAGUAGAGAAGUCUAUGAAUUCUUUUUUGAUUAUCUAUCUAAUAAUCCUCCUUUGUGAAGCUGUCUUAAGUACAAUACUGAAGUAUGCCUGGCAGUCUGAAGAGAAGUGGAAUGAACCUUGGUAUAACCAGCAAACUGAUCAUGAAAGAAACAGCAGUAAGAUCUUGAGGUUCAUUUCAGAUUUUCUUGCUUUCCUGGUACUUUACAACUUCAUUAUACCCAUUUCGCUUUAUGUGACUGUGGAGAUGCAGAAAUUUCUUGGGUCUUUUUUUAUCGGUUGGGACCUUGAUCUCUAUCAUGAAGAAACAAAUGAAAAAGCUCAAGUAAAUACGUCAGACCUGAAUGAAGAACUGGGACAGGUGGAGUAUGUAUUUACAGAUAAAACUGGCACAUUGACAGAAAAUGUGAUGCAGUUUCGGGAAUGUUCCAUUAAUGGUCUCAAAUACCAAGAAAUCAAUGGCAGAUUAAUUCCCGAGGGAUUGAUAGAAGACUUUCCAGAUGGAGUACAGCCCAGUCUUACACAUGAGGAAGAACUCUUCCUGAAAGCUCUUUGUCUCUGUCAUACAGUGCAGAUUAAUAAUGACCAAACUGAUGGCAUUUGUGACAGCCCAUGGCGUAGCAAUGGCCUACCAUCUGAACUGGAGUACUACGCCUCGUCCCCAGAUGAAAAAGCUUUAGUUGAAGCUGCUCGCAGGGUUGGUGUUGUGUUUACUGGGGCAAAUGCAGAAAGCAUGGAGCUUAAAAGCUGUGGAAAGCCAGAAAGGUACAAAUUACUACACGUACUGGACUUUGAUGCCAACCGUAGGAGAAUGAGUGUGAUCGUAGAAAGUCCGUCAGGUGAAAAACUCUUAUUUACCAAAGGAGCAGAAUCUGUCAUUCUUCCUUCCAGUAAAAAUGGUGAGAUAGAAAAAACAAGACUCCAUGUGGAUGAAUUUGCAUUGAAAGGGCUAAGGACUCUUUGUGUAGCUUACAGAAAGUUCACAGAGGAGGAGUAUAAAGAAGUGGAGCAGCGUCUUUUUGAAGCAAAAACUGCCUUGCAGCAACGAGAAGAACGGUUGGCAGAGGCAUAUAACUUUAUUGAAAAAGACUUGGAAUUACUUGGAGCUACAGGAGUCGAAGACAAGCUGCAAGAUAAAGUCCAGGAAACCAUAGAAGCUCUUCGAUUGGCAGGGAUUAAAGUGUGGGUGCUCACUGGAGACAAGCACGAAACGGCAGUAAGCGUUAGCUUAUCAUGCGGACACUUCCACAGAACCAUGAACAUCCUGGAACUAGUGCAGCACAAAUCAGACAGUACGUGUGCGGAGCAAUUGAGACAGCUCGCCAAGAGAAUAAAGGAUGACCACGUAAUCCAGCACGGGCUGGUAGUGGAUGGGACCAGCCUCUCCCUUGCCCUCAGGCAACACGAGAAACUCUUCAUGGAGCUCUGCCGAAAUUGCUCUGCUGUGCUGUGCUGUCGCAUGGCACCCCUGCAGAAAGCAAAGGUUGUACGGCUGCUGAAAACAUCUCCAGAGAAGCCUAUCACAUUAGCUAUCGGUGAUGGAGCUAAUGAUGUGAGCAUGAUACAAGAAGCUCAUGUUGGCAUAGGUAUCAUGGGCAAAGAAGGCAGACAAGCUGUAAGAAACAGCGACUAUGCAAUAGCAAGAUUUAAAUUCCUCUCCAAGUUACUUUUUGUCCAUGGCCACCUUUAUUAUAUUAGGAUAGCAACCCUUGUACAGUACUUUUUUUACAAGAAUGUGUGUUUUAUUACACCGCAGUUUUUAUAUCAAUUCUUCUGCUUAUUUUCACAACAAACUCUGUAUGACAGCGUGUACCUGACUUUGUACAACAUUUGUUUCACUUCCCUGCCAGUCCUCAUGUAUAGUCUUUUUGAACAGCAUGUGCACCCUCAUGUAUUGCACAGCAAGCCAACUCUCUACCGAGACAUUAGUAAAAAUGCCCACUUGGGCUUUAAGCCUUUCCUCUACUGGACCUUCUUGGGAUUUUUUCAUGCAUUUGCUUUCUUCUUUGGCUCCUAUCUUCUGAUGGGAAAAGACACUUCGUUGUUAGGGAAUGGCCAGAUGUUUGGAAAUUGGACCUUUGGUACUUUGGUCUUCACAGUUAUGGUUAUAACAGUUACAAUGAAGAUGGCAAUAGAGACACACUUUUGGACUUGGAUAAAUCAUUUUGUUACUUGGGGGUCCAUUGGGUUUUACUUCAUCUUUUCCUUAUUCUAUGGCGGAAUAAUCUGGCCAUUUUUGCACACCCAAGACAUGUACUUUGUAUUUGUUCAGUUGCUGUCCAGCGGCUCUGCUUGGUUUGCCAUAAUCAUCAUAGUUGUCACUUGUUUAUUCCUUGACGUUGUGAAAAAAGUGUUGUACAGACACCUGCAGCCCACAAGUACAGAAAAAGUCCAGCUUACUAAGACAGGUCCAGGUGUCAACUGCCUGGAGUCCAUGUGUUGCUUCUCCGAUGGGGAACCAGCCUGCACAUCUUUUAGAAGAAUGCUGGAGCGAAUAAUGGGACGAUGCAGCCCUACCCGAGUCAACAGGUGUGGAAUUUCUCUGAAAUGCCUUUGCUGCAGACAGUUCUCCUAUAAACUGGAACACGAUGAACCGACAACUAUAGAUGUCUAGUUUCCUAGACAGGAAACCCAUCUUCCUAGGUUCAGUCUGGGAUCUUCAGAGGAGAUCCAAGUUUGUGCUUCGAAUGUGGGGGAAUGAGAGAUCGUUGCGUUAACUGGUUUGUUGUUGAAAAACCGGUUGAAUUUUGUUUUGUUUUUUUUAAUGACACCGUCUUUUCUCUGAUCCUGCAACUGCUAUUGUGCCUUUAGUGGCUUUGGCGUUAUACGCUGUCUCAGGCUCCCCUGCUCUUUUCAAGCAUCGGCCAGUGAUUCACAAGCGUGCUUUUCCUUGGCUCUGAGCUCUCUGUGUGCAUCAUUUUUGCCUUUCUACUUAACGUGCGCAUUUCAGUCUAGUUUCUCCCCUUUCCUUAUACGGUAUGUCUUUUUUUUUUCCCCUGAAAGUCAGACCACUGUCCUAGUUUCCUUUCCCUUUAGCUGCUUUGCCUUUUGAAAUUGGAAGGCUUGUCCUGUGUUUGAUCACCAUGUGUCUCCCCUUCUAGACAUGCAACCAAGCUUCCUUUUAGCUCUAAGGUUUGUGUUCUCUCCCUUGAAAUUUUCAUUACCGGGGGGGUGGGAGAAAAGUUUGGUAGCUUUCCUCUAUUUCUUGUUCAUCAACUGUGAAAGUCAAUUACUUUUAACAAUACGAAACAAAGCUCGCAUCUGAGUAAAAACAUAAUAAUCUAAAGCCACCCCAAAUUAUGAUUAAAAGUAGACCUUUUUUAAAAAAAUAACAUGAAGCCAUUCAGAAAUAAAUGCUAAGCCUAUUUAUAUGUUCGCUAAUUUAUACGGGUCUGUGGGUUUUUGUGUUUUUUUUUUUAAUUUUGAAAAGAUCCUCAACAGGAAGAUCAAUGAGAACAAUUUCUUAAUUUACAGAAGUUUCUAUCUUAAAAAGAACACGUGAAAACUCUACGGAGAUGUUGUAGAAAGAGACGGUUAGGAAACCCCAGUCUUUCUGUACGCUUGUUUAAAUGUCAGGUUACGAUUGUUUUCUUCUUUCCUCGAUGAUAUUAGCCACCUUCUUCUGAAGCAUCAGCUGAGAGCACCUUGUUCCAUCUUGGUCACAAUUAAACAGCAGUUUGAGCUGAGAUAAGAUGAGAUCAAGCAAAUUAUUAGGGUGAGAUUCUCAGUUUGGGGGAGACAGACAUGAACAAAGAGAAGGUGUGGAUGUCCUGCAAUCCUCUUUGGAUUGCAAAGAAAAGGAAGAUCUUUUGCUUUCAGAAGAUCAGGAGAAACAUCUGAAGAUCUUACCGAUGGCCCACACAAGUUGGAAGUACGGCUACCAGGUCUCUAUGGCAACAAAGCCGGACAACCAUUGGAUGGCAUAAAGAAUUAGUUUUCUAUAUUGGUUUGCUGCUAUCUAUUGGUCAGCUGGAUGUUUGCAGUCCUCAUUGAAGGAUGCAGUAGCUUUUUACUAGUAGCUAGUUACUUUAAGAAAAAGUUGGAAAACUUACUGUGGUGACUUCUAAAUUGUAAUUUUCAGUGCUCAGCUCUUCUGAAUGUUUCCUUCUUAUUGAUUUUUUUUUUAUUUAAAAACCCCAAUAUCCUCAAGUGUGUUAAUCUCUCUGCAGCUCCAUUUUAAGUUUUUACUAAAGUGAUUAUUUUUUCCUUCAUAAAAUGGGACUGUUACAAGCCAGGUUUAAAAAAAAAAAUAGUAACCUGUCUCUCUUUGGAAAGAAAGAAAGAUGUAUAAAAUAAAAUAUUUCCUAGACAUUUUUAAAAGGAGCAGUAUCUGAUUGAUCUAACGUUAGCUUUUUCUCUCCCCUGGGGUAAUGAUUUCCGAUAAAAGUAUAUUUGCACCUCUUGGAUAUUCUCUACCAUUAGAAUGCCUACCUGCACUACUAUGCUUGGAGUUUGUAUCGAAUGAGGUCUUGUCAGUGUCAGGGCUGCCUGGCAGGAGGGUAUGCAGUGUGUCUCUGUAAUUCACCCAGCAGAGACACUUUGAACUCCUUCCUCUGCAAGUUUCAGGAUUACUUCAACCCAGAGGCGUACACACCAAACACAGAGCCUUGGUCAAACCAUUAUGGUUGCUGCCUGUUCUGAUCUAGGCUUCCCACGAGCAUGAAGCAGACUCCUUCUCCCGACAAAAACCCCUUUUUAUUAAGUUACUGUGAAUUCCUCUCAUUCACAUCCAGCAAAGUCUCUCAAGGGAGAAUUUACAGUCACAGACCUUAUCUGGCUUAGAGAUCUGCCAGGCCGAUAUCGUCAAAACUUGGCAAGGAGUCUCUGAGAGUCACGAACCAAUUAAGCAAACUAAUUGUUUCCUGCAAACUCCACUCCCCUUUUGCUCCUCUUUAAUCCCUAUGGGAGGGGCCAUUCACCAUCCAUCUGUGGCUUUACUCCUGAGUUGACCCUUGUUCCUUAGCUGUUCCCUUCUCUUGGCAGCUCUGCGCAUGCGCACACUGGGAACAGGCUCCAGCUUUUUCUUCUGCCUCACUUAUCUCCGAUUCCGAAGGUAGCUGAUAACUUGUCGGACAGCCCGGGCCCCAUCUCUGCCUCUGACGCAGAGCACUCAUCAGAGCCUUCCCCAGACUCCAGGACUGGCCCAUGUUCCUCCCCAACCUCCUCACUGUCUGCCACCAGCUCCACUAGCCGCUGGCAGGCCACAACACUGCCUUUACUUUUUAACCAGCCCCUGUGGAUAGUCCUGCUUCAUCCCCAUGGUCAAAGAGAGCAACCUCUGAUUGCACCAGAAUUUUCAUAUCAAUCUUUCAUGUCCACCUUUAAAAUGAUUGUCAUCCACCUCGUUCUUAUAUAGGAGAGAGUUAUGUUUGUUGUCACUGUUGGGUUGAAUGCAUGCCACACAUGUAUCCCAUUCAGACAAAAACAUAGCAGAUUCAUCCUCAUCAUAUGCUAAGCUUGGUUGGUGUAACCCCAGAUAGUCUUUUUCUCUGGUUUAAGCAUAGCGUGCUAAAGAUCAUGAUGGGACAAGAGAUUGUGCAAAACCAGAAAAAAAUGUGAUUUAAUUAGUUAAUGAUAGUAAACGUGCAAUCUGAACGCAGCCUUGGGUGGGAAAUUGAAGUUAAUUUGGAGAGGUUUACUCCUAUCUCAUUAGCGCCAUCUUACGUCAUAUCGACAAUGUGAUGCUACAUUGUUGGAAAGGAAACAAGUGAUAUAUUCAGAGGUCUGUGCUAUCUUGUACGUUGAGGGUUUAAUAUAAAAUGUCACUGAGAGAGAAGCUCACAAGUCCUAGCUAUGGUUCUGGCAAAAGGUAGGUAUCGCCAACUUCAAAAUCAACUGUAAAUAAAUACAUCUUGUGAUUUAUUUAUUUUUUAAAAUUGUUUUUCUGUUUUCUGUAUCUGAACAAAUACAAGGAUAUGAUUUGACUCUCAUGUUUGAUAAAAGAUGAAGUACUCCUCCCUCAUCCGAUCUGCAUGCCGAUAUGUGGAAGACGGAUUGCCAAAAUAGGAUUUUGAAAUUCUGCUGGGUUUUUUCCCCAAUUAGAACAAACUUCUAAAUUGUCAUUACUUUAUUAUUUUAAAAUACAAGAUUUAAAAUUGUACUGCCUUCCAGGCACUUUGAAUGGGGUCUAAACUAAACUGAAGCAUUUCAUCAUGCAACCAUUGAUCUUACUUGAAUAGAACUUGAUUCAUUAAAAUCAAGGAUUUAACGGUAGUGACAAUCUGGGAGGGUCCAGUCAUUUCGCAGAUUUGGUCGGAACUAAAACUAUGCGGACAUACGACCCUUCCGUAUUUAGUUUCCUACCUAAGCAAAAUACUAAGAAAUGCAUAUUUUCAAGGUACAAAACUCUCACACACUUCGUAACCAUUCCUUAUGAGCAGGCAGAGUUACAAAGUGAACUUAGCCUUCUAUUUUGACUUGAGAAUGUAUUAGUCACAUUUCUUGCAAUAGCAGCUCACCUGGAUAUAAGCUAAAAAUAUUUCCCCAGUGGUUUACAGAAAUGAUCCAUGAUGCUUUACAGAAAUGACCCAAAUAAAAUGUGUUCUGCAGGCCAUCUCGUCUUUAUUUGUUCCAUCGUGAGAUAAUUAGUAGUAUAGAUGGAACAAGGUUUACUUCAUCUGUGCGGCAUUAGACAACCCUCCACAUCUGGCUUUGUGGAGAUGAUCAACCUCGUCUGAAGCCCAUUAAAAUACCCUCCACGUCUCAGGUGAAGAGUCCAAGACUCAUUGGCAGAUGUACAGUACCCAAUACCCUACACCUUGAAACUGAUUUCUGUGGUCUUUAACCAACUACUAGGGAAAGUUGCAUUGCCAACCAAAUCAUCUUUGUACUUCAUAUUCUGUCAAAUAUGAGGAUCAGAGUACGAAAUCAAAUGUUGAAUAAUUUGGAUGAGUGAUCUCAUAUUUCAUCUAAUUGUGUGCUUAAAUGCUUGGAGUAUAAAGGAAAGAGAUACGGUACCUAACCUUCUCUUUUAACAGAAUGAACAUAUUUUAAUUAAAUCAAUUAACGGAGCCUUAGAGCCAUUUCUUGUUUCCAUUGUGCACAGUUUUCUCCAAAUCAUCAAAAUCUGUUCAUGUCUCUUCCAUCCAAUUGUCUCUUGCAUUGAUUGCUCCAAAUCCAAUGUUGUGUUAUUAAACAUAUCCAUUUGCA